AUGGCACCGCAAUCAGAGAUCGAUUCACACUGCGAGCCGGAGAUGGUGACUGAACCCGGAGAUUCGGACGGCGGUACGGAGGAUCAACGGCUUCCACUCACGGACGACGACGUCGAAACGCGCCCAGAAGAUCAGCCGAAGACUGCCACAUGCAAAACUGGGACCCUCGAUGCAGUCUCAAACCCAAGCUUCAUGGGUGAACUUCCGUUUGCCUCGCAUAACUCGCCCCAAAUAGGCGGCAAGGGUCGCCCACAGGAACGACCAACACUACUACCUCCAGGCUGGCGGGAGUCGCUGCUCGAAGGAAUCCAAGGCCCGAGUGUUGCUAAGCUUGCAGCUCUAGUCAACUACGUUGACCACCUGGAGGGCAUGGUUACGCGUCAACAGCGCGUAAUCAACAGAGAGCAUGCCGUCCGGCCGAUCAUGCCGCAAGUGAGACGUAGGUCAAGCCGCGGUGCCACCACCUCCGACAGCGACACCAGCUCUUCGAGCGGUGACGACGAGAAGGAAGCCGCGGUCUAUCGAGAAGUCAAGAUCUGUCGCAACGGUCAUCACGGUGACAAUCUCUACCUCGAAGAUGAGGGUAGCGACUCGUUCCUCAAGCAGUUUGCCUCGGAUGGGCCGCGGCACGCCCCCAUCACGUACAGGCGCGUCUUCAGCAAGACCGGGUCCCCCUUGCGAACGGUGCUAAAGAUUCACUCGCCGGUUCUCAUCGAGGCGCUGAAGGAGACCAUCGCCGUGUCGAGGUCCGAAUCCUACCAGAGACUCUUUUCCCGCAAAGUCAACCUUCGGAAGCCGUUCAUCAUGCUCUUCCAGAAUCGAAGGAGGCUGAUGCAGGCGGCGGACCAAGCCGAGGGGGAAAAGGCCAUUCACCUUCGACUGCUUCUCAAAUUUCUCCAAGAGGAGAUGGCCGCGACGUGGACGAAGCUGGACGAGAUCGAGGAGGGAAAGUGCCGUCGCAUAUCGUUUGAAGAUUCUUGGCUGCUCUACCCUCCCGGGACGACCGUGUACGUGCGGGACGCUGGCCUGUGGAGGGCGUACAAGGUGGACGACGUUUGGGUCAACCACCUCCCCAUCCCGGGCCUGCUGCACAUGCGAAGUUACUACCUCUGUCUCGACGACAGCGCCUCUAGGCUCGAGCCCGUCGAGGCAGUGCAGUACAUGACUCCCUUUUCGGGCGAGCGCUUCGUCUCGGACUUUGGCCUGAUUCCGGAAUCGCACGUGGAAGGGCGCCGCGAGAUGGACGACUUUCUCGAAGCCAGGGGCCGCACCUUUUGGGGCUUUCACGGAGAGCCGGCGUAUCGACAGUACGUCGGCGCGGCGUGGCCUACGACGCGACCAUCGGACUACGUCAGGGUCAUCAUAGACUACGUCACCGCCAGCAGGUACCCGGCGGAGAGCACGGAUGACUACAGCGACUCGGACGACGAGGAGUACUGCAGCUGCUCCGCGUGCGUGAGGAAGUAUGCGCGGCUCACGUCGUCGUACCCGGAAGACGCGCUGGGCGAGUCCAACAUCUGCAUGAAGGAUCGAUGGUCACGCUCCAACCAGACGGACGAGCCGAGCGGGCAAGGGACGCGGCAGAGCCCGCUGAUGUUCAGUCCCUGCCGGGUCUGGGCCUUUUCGCUGAAGCACAAGUCGUGGAAGCACGUCGAGCUCGACAACCUCGAGCCCAUCGCCGUCACCGUCGACCCCUUCUCGAGGCUCGUCAUCGAGGACAACUACAAGGAGGUGAUUGAAUCGAUGGUGGACGCCUACCUCAGCAACGCGCAAUUUUACGACAUCAUCAAGGGCAAGGGACGCGGCUUGAUCGUGCUGCUCCACGGCGGGCCGGGAACGGGCAAGACGCUGACGGCCGAGUGCGUGGCGGAGAAGAAGAUGCGACCCCUCUACAUGGUGACGUGCGGCGACCUCGGAACGGACCCCGACAAGCUCGAGAUGCGGCUCCAGGAGACGUUCAUCCACGCCGUGCACUGGAAGGCGAUCCUCCUCCUCGACGAAGCCGACGUGUUCCUGCAGGAGCGCGACCUCUACGACCUCAAGCGCAACGCCCUCGUCUCCGUCUUCCUCCGGCACAUUGAGUACUACGACGGCCUGCUGUUCCUGACGACGAACCGGCCGGGCCAGAUCGACGAAGCGUUCCACUCGCGCAUCCACAUCACGCUCGGCCUGCCGGACCUCGACUUUGAGCGGCAGAAACAGGUGUGGCUCAUCUUUGUCCGCAACCUACGGCUCGACGAAAACGACGAGGCGAACCGGGCGAAGAAGGUGGAGCUGCUCAAGUUUGUGCAGCAGCAGCUGGAGUCGAAGCUCCGGGAGAUCAAGGGCUUCCACAUGAACGGGCGGCAGAUCCGAAACUGCAUCCGCGCGGCGGCGGCCAUUGCCAACCGCAAGGGCCGCAGCCUGCAGAAGGAGGACAUUGUUGCCGUCGUGGACCUCGGCAUGCAGUUUCGCGUCUACAUGACGCGGGUGAACCGCAUGAGCCAGGACGAGCGGGCCAUGGCGCUCGGCUUGCGGUUGCAGCACGAGAUGGAGGACCAGGACGCCGCGUCGCGUGGCUGCUGUGGCUGCGACAAGUACUGUUACUGCUCUGCUGUGGCUCCUGUGGCUGCCAUGCGUGCUCCAACUGCCGUGGCUGCUAUAUCUGCCGUGAGCACCACCAUGUCUGCUACAACUAUUGCAACUACAUAA